CCUUGAUGGGAAUUAAUGAUUAUACAUUGUUUUGACUAUGCAGCAGAAGCCGUGCAUGGUGCAAAUCCGAAUGUUCUUGUCAUUCUCUCUGGCCUAAAUUUUGACACAGACUUAUCAUUCAAUGGGAAACUAGUAUUUGAGGAGCAUUGGUAUAGCUUUGGUGACACUCAAUCAUGGACAUUAGGAAAUCCAAAUCAAGUGUGUGAACAAGUCACGAGGAACUUUAUGAACCAAAACAAGUUCCUCAACUGUUUUAUGGCAGUGGCAGCUGAACUUGAUUUGGAUUGGGCCUCGUGGACACUUUUUGGAGGUUUUUACAUUAGAGAAGGGGUUGUUGCUGCUGAUCAGAGUUUUGGUAUUCUCAAUUGGAAUUGGAGCAAGGUUAGGAAUUCAACUCCCUUUUCAAGGUAUAAUAACCAAAUAAAUUAUUUUUAUACUAAAUCAAAUGUGCAUACUUUUUUUCCUUAUAUCCAAGGUCGGGAGGAAUACUUUAUAUUAUUAUAUAACUAUCUCUCCCUCUCCUUUAUGUUGUAUAUAAUGUAUUUUUUAUCCAACCUUGACAUGCAGGAGCAGGCUUAUCACAAGCUAAAUCAUUUAGUGAUUUUCCACCCAUUGAGUGGUUUUUGCAUCUUAAGAAAGUUAUUGGUUGAUCCAUUGAAGUUGGGACCUUGUUUUAGAUGGUUGGAAUACACAGCCCAAAAGAAACUCUUAGUCAAAGGUACAGAAGGAAAAGAAGCUAAACUUGGAACAACAUGCUCAGGGGUCACCAAUAAUGGCAAAUGCCUUUGAGAGUCCAAGGAUAUUGAACUGAAAAUUGUCCAAAGUUAUGUUAAAUAAAAUAACUAUUCAAAUUCAUAAUUUGAAAAUAUUUUAGUCUAUCAAUCAAAAAAGUUAACUAGAUUUGGUGGGGUGCGCCUAGCUCAUGUUGUAGUGCAACACAUAAGCAACACUUGAGAAAUCCAAUAGCAAGCUAUUGUAGUGAAAUCUCCCCCUCAACAAAUUAAUUUAAUAUCGUGUGAACCAUUGGUUCACAUAUCAGAUAUUAAACUGAUAAGAACAGAUACUACACUUGAUCUUAGCCAAAAGGCCGAGAAAGGUAUGAGUUUGUACUAAGCUCGCUGCACAUUUUAUAUAUGCCAUGUAUUAUGUUGCUUUAUUAAAUCUCCAAUGUGGGACUUUUAUGCAAUAACUUGGAGG